GUUUUGUUUGUGCUUCCUCUCAAUUUUCGAUUUAAAAAUAAUGUUCCAGUAUUUUGUAAGUCCUCUAACCUUAGUUGGUGAAUCUGCAUCAAUAAUUUAUAGAUCCUGUACGGCAGUUCCACAGUAUUUGGGACUAACAACAAAUGCAAAAAUAAUGCCAUCAGUACCUUUGUGGAAAUUAGCUGCAGCAAAUGGACCAUUUGUUAGAAUUGCUGCUCUUAGUGGAGCCACAGCUGUAAUUCUUGGUGCUUAUGGAUCCCAUAAGGAAUAUUCAAUGCACGAAAAAGAAAAUUGUAAACAAGUGUUUGAAACUGGUAGUCGUUACCAUUUCAUUCACACAUUAGCCUUACUUGGAUUACCUCUUUGUAGAGCACCUUAUAUGGCUGCAACAUUCCUACUAUCUGGAAUAAUACUAUUUUCCGGAACUUGCUAUUAUUACGGUAUUACCGGGAAUAAACAAUUAAAUAAAUUAACACCACUAGGUGGAGUCUGUUUCAUUUUAGGAUGGUUAAGCAUGUGCAUUUAAAAUUUGAAAAAA